GUAACGGCCCUCUUACGCCCUAUGAUGCUGUAGACCGGCAGCUGGUGUUGCUCGGAGAGUCCGUCAUUGACGACAAGUUAUUGUCCAUGUGCAUCGACAGCCCUGAAUGAGAACGGUAACGAACAUCAAAAAGGGCUGAACUAGACCACGCUGGGAAUGGUUAGACAGUCACAACACCCAAACGCCUACUUAUUAUGAAUAUUUUCGCAGCACGCCCAACACGGCUCCGCCCUCGAUCUAUUUUAUUCAGAAGGUGACUGCCUGCGCUUGACCGUGCCCCAAAACACUUUAUUGGUCGUCUCUCCUGUCUGGAUCUAACUCAGUCGGUCGAAUCACAUUACUGUCAUAAUGGGCGUGCCUUUGGACAAAGCUUCAUUCCUAGCUUUGUUUCUCCAGACUUUGUUUUACGGCGUGUUCUUUACUUUGUACUGGUUAACAUUAUUCGUCUUAUUCAAGAAAACCGGCAUUCAACAACAACUCCUUAUCCCGGUGGCAACCUUGCUACUCUGUAUUGCAACAGCUCAUCUAGUUAUCGAUUUUGUUCGAGGGCUAGAAGCCUUCGUAUUCAAAGUGAAUACGAUUGGUGCAGAUGUCUACUAUUCAAACCUUGCUUCGCCGUUGGAUCUCGCAUCAAAGGCACUUUAUAUUACGCAAACCACUCUUGCUGAUGGCGUAGUCGUUUGGCGAUGUCAUGUCCUAAACCACAGAAGCCGCUUUGUUGCCAUUCCUGGUUGUAUCGUGCUAUUAGUUAAUGCGGCCACCGGAUACUAUGUUGUCUGGGCCCUCUCUCGAGCCUAUGAGCUGUCCAAUCUUUCCACGGCCGCUUCAGGAUGUAUCACCACGUUCUAUACAUUGACCAUGUUUGUCAGCGUUACCUGUACCAUUUCAAUUGCAUGGCGAAUUUAUCACACUCGUCGUUUCAUGCCAGGUGGCCUUGCCGCCCUUUUACCCGUUUUCAUCGUCGUCAUUGAGAGCGGCGCUUUAUAUGCCACGAGUGUGCUCGCGCUCCUUAUAUCAUUCUUGGUCGGAUCCAAUGGCGAAUACAUCCUGUUGGGCGUUAUACCUCCGAUUGUAGGGAUUACAUUCUGCCUCAUCAUUCUCCAAGUACACUUCCACGUUGGCGGCAACUCCCUGACUGAACAGUCCCCUGAACUAGGUGGCAUCAUUACCAGCCUCUUUCGAGGACGAAGUACACAGGAUCGUAACUUCACCAUGCAACGGAUGGCUGUGCACAUCACGGAGGAGACGGAGAUUGAUCAGUCUGACAUGAUGAGCGGAAAGAGUAGCCAACCGGUCUCAGGGGGCGUCUUUCAAUUGUAGAUUGGACCACAUUCCGUGUUCCCCUAACUGGAGUUGGACACGCUAGCUUUGUCUAAACGGAAAUUUGGCAUGGGGGUAUGGAUGGUGAUCAGCUUAUUGUAGCCCUGUUCCGUUGACGUCCUACAUAGUUUCUUGGUUUGUGACUAGUCA